AUGGCACGAAAACCUGUCUCCACUGACAACAAAGCCCUCAAUUUGCCGCAUCUACCGGCGGAACUGUGGGAAUCCAUCCUAGAUCACCUCAUCUCAGAUGCCAGGUUCGCCAUUUUGUCGAGACAGGACGCGACACAGACACAUUUCGAUGGCGUCCCGCGAUGCGCGUUCCGCGACAUUCUCCAGGUAUCCAAAGAGUCGGGGACUGGUAUCCUUUCACUCUCGACAUUCUCUAUGUUCCGCGCGGCAUUGCUCCCUGUCAUAUUCAACCAAGUCGUUCUCCACUCGUCUCGUCGCGUAAAAACCCUUCACGAAAUCAUUAAAGAAAACAAAGAUAUUCUGAGACAUGUCAAGUCCCUGGUCCUUCAACUUUCAAGUAGGCAAACUGCAGGAUCAUGGGCCUCGGAACCAUCAAACCUCGGCGCCGUCAUUUCACUGCUGAAGGAAAACGUCGAAGAACUCCACAUCCAAAGCGACGCCGGGCAUCUGCAGUGGGACGAACUUUCGGUCACAAUCAGGGGGGCCAUCGAGAACCUCAUGCGCCACGGGCACUUAUGCACCCUCCAGUUAACACGCAUGCGAUUCUCUCGAGGUUCCUUCGACUCUCUGAACUGGACGUGGCUCAAGGAGCUUUCAUUGUGCUGGGUCUCAGUAAUCCUUUGCGAAGGGGAGAGUCCCAGCUCGGAGAACAGCGAGCCAGUCUCCCUCACGACACUGAAGGUACACCACUCAGACCUGUGGCAGUUGGCUGACCGAUCGCGCUACCCUCACCUUCGUACACUUAUGAUGGAUGAAUGGACUUGGCAUCGCGCAAGUGACUCUAUCGAAGAUAUCAUUCAUUCUUCCAACAAUCUGGAUUCUUUCGAUCUCGUUAGUGGAACGAAUCCUCGAGGCAAAAUGCGACGUGCAUUCCCCUUCCCAAAUGUGCGAUUACAUUUACCAGCCAUUGGAAUGGAUGGUAGUUCAGUAUGGACUCUGCUUGACGAAGCCGCCCAGAUAGUCAGUCGAAACACGGCGGAAGACAAGUCGAAACUACGCCAUCUCACCGUCGCUUUCUAUCACCUCAAUCCGGACUCUAGAAGAGACGUCGACUGCAAGCUCGGGGACCAACAAGAAUGUAUAACUUCCUUUCUUCAGGUUCUGGGUCAAGAACCCUUUCGUGCGCUUCAAAUUCUCCACUUGGACUUUCGAACCCUGGGAUUGGGCGAGCUAGAGGCGGACUCUGUCAGGAAGAUGGUUGAACUUAGCGCAGGGCGUCAUAAACCUCCUUACAAGAUUGUCUACAUGUUUUCUUAA